ACCUACUCCCUCAAAUGGGCUAAUCAUUUCGUCGUCCACUACCUAGAUAAUCAAACUAGCACAAAACAUCAAAUCUGUGAGCCGAUUAAAGCAAAGAACCAAAAAUAACCAAAUCAAGAAUCCAACGUUACAUUUACCCUCCUUACAAAGCAAGGAACAGAAGCCAUUACAGAACAGAUUGAGGCAGAGCGAGAUCUAUAGCAGCGCGUUGAGGAUAUGGAUCGGGUAAGCACUUGCAGGGCAGAUUACUGCACAAAACUAGAUCGAAUGGCUGGGUGGGUAGGUGCGAGUGUGGUUUCUGCAUUCUUUGCAUCGCUGGAGCGGUGUGCAUGCAUCACCCUCUCCACCACGGAUACCGAUGAUGAUGAAGAAGAGGCUAAGGAUAGACCCCUUAUGCUUACCAAACUUGAUCAUAUUCAGGUAGACAAAUCCCACCCAAAUAGCCAUGACAUGGUCUAGACCUGAUUUUCCUGUACUUAGGUUUCCAUAUUGUCUUUAGUACAAUAUAUACUUUCACUCGAUUCUAGGCCUGUUGGGGAUUGAUGGAUGGGUGCCCAUGUCUAUUGGGUUCUUCCAUAAUUCUCCUCCGAAAUACACUGCAUGUAUGAAUUGGUGAUUUCAUUGUAAGAGCAGCAUUUACCUUUUAUUUUGCUUGAAUUCUUAAGACAUAUAGGGAUCUUAUGUUCAUGUAAUUUCAGGCUUGUAUUAAAUAUCUACAAAUUAAGUGGAUACCUUCA